AUGGCACUUAGAACAGCAUUAUUCAGCCUUUCACAUAAAUUCACAGCACCUACUGCAACAGCACCCAUGCAAUGGAUGCGUCAAAUCUCCACCUCUCAAGCGAUCCGUCAAGUUGAAGGUGCCGCCAAGGAAGAGACUACAACAACCCCUGCCAUGCCUCACAUGUUGGCACAAGAGCUCCGUGGACCCAACGAGCUCUCCACAUCACUUGAUGCCUAUUCUGGCAGAUCGAUUGGAUCAGUUACAAACCCCAACACUGCUUACAGACGUUUGAGCUCCAUCCUAUCACAAAACAAUGUUCGCAAAGAAUUGCGUGCUAAUAGAUAUUACGAAAAGCCCAAUGUCGCAAGGAGAAGAAAGAACAUUGAACGCAAUCGUAAAUUGUUUGGUGCUAUGAUUGGAAAGAAGGUUGCACUCAUUAUGCAAAUGAAGCAAAGAGGCAUGUAA